CUGUUGUUGACACUUCGCAGGCGACAAUGGCGACCGAAGUGAGGCAGGAGCUUGCACAGCUGAUGAAUUCAAGUGGAUCUCAUAAAGAUCUCGCUGCCAAAUAUCGACAAAUUUUGGAGAAGGCCAUUCACUUUACAGAUGCAGAUCAGCUGGAAUCCUUGAAGGCUUUUGUUGAAGCAAUGGUCAAUGAAAAUGUCAGUCUUGUUAUCUCGAGACAGCUACUCACCGACUUCUGCACACAUCUGCCCAACCUGCCCGACGCCACAGCCAAAGCAGUGUAUCACUUCACCUUGGAAAAGAUUCAGCCGAGGGUCAUCUCUUUUGAAGAGCAGGUAGCUUCAAUCAGACAGCACUUAGCAACCAUUUAUGAGAAGGAAGGAGACUGGAGGAACGCCGCCCAGGUUUUAGUUGGUAUUCCCCUCGAAACAGGACAGAAGCAAUACAAUGUCGACUAUAAGUUGGAUACGUACCUGAAAAUUGCCCGUCUCUACUUAGAGGAUGAUGAUCCAGUGCAGGCAGAGGCCUACAUCAACAGAGCCUCAUUGCUUCAGAAUGAGUCCUCUAACGAACAGCUGCAGAUCCACUAUAAGGUGUGCUAUGCAAGAGUCCUAGACUUCAGGAGGAAGUUCAUUGAAGCUGCACAGAGAUACAAUGAGCUGUCUUACAAGUCAAUUGUACAUGAGAGUGAACGUCUAGAAGCACUGAAACAUGCCCUUAACUGCACCAUACUGGCCUCUGCAGGCCAGCAGCGUUCCCGUAUGUUGGCCACCCUCUUUAAGGACGAGCGCUGUCAGCAGCUGGCUGCCUAUGGUAUUCUGGAGAAGAUGUAUCUGGACCGGAUCAUCAGAGGAAACCAGCUGCAGGAGUUUGCUGCCAUGCUGAUGCCCCACCAGAAGGCCACCACAGCGGAUGGCUCCAGUAUCCUUGACAGAGCUGUGAUUGAACACAACCUCCUGUCUGCUAGUAAACUCUACAACAACAUCACUUUUGAAGAACUCGGAGCACUGUUGGAAAUCCCUCCAGCGAAGGCUGAGAAGAUUGCUUCCCAGAUGAUCACUGAGGGACGCAUGAACGGCUUCAUCGACCAGAUAGACGGCAUCGUACACUUUGAGACCCGUGAACCCCUUCCUACCUGGGACAAACAGAUCCAGUCUCUGUGUUUCCAAGUCAACAACCUCCUAGAAAAGAUCCGUGCGGCUGCUCCAGAGUGGGCUGCACAGGCUAUGGAAGCCCAGAUGACCCAGUAAACAUCCCCCACCCUACACCACCCAAAAAAAAAAAAAAAAAAGAAAAAAAGAAAAAUUCACAAAACUGCUCCCUCAGCCCGUCCUAAAGUUUUGUCUUCCUGCUCAACAACGUGACUGAGUCCCAGUAACGGAAGCGCCCACGGAGGACACUCUGGUAUCACCAUCACUCAUUUGAGAUGUUUCGCUAAAUUUUCAGAGAGCACUGUUUUAUUACUUUCACCCACGAGGAUAAUAGUUCAAUGUUUCCCAAUAUAUCAGAUCUGUGUCUGGCAUAGAUGUAAUCACAGGAGAGGUAUGGUGUAACCUUUGGGUGUGACUUUGGAUACGAUUCCUCAGAUAGUUGCCGUGUCAUGUCAUCGGGUCAAAAAGAAGUGAAGAGAUACGACUGAUCGUUCUGUUUGUAGGGUUUUGCGUUCCAACACGUUCUCCUGUUUUUAAGCUCUGAAAAUGAAACAGUUGUGGUUCUUGGUUUCUUCAUGUACACAUCUCGGUUCACCCUCAUGACAUUUCAGCAAUGCAUUCAGAAUUAAAUUCACAGCUGAGACAAA